GGGAGGGGCGCAGAGUGCGCGGCGGGCGGCGGCGGCCGGGGAGGCCGGGGAGGCCCGGGAGGCCGCGGCGCGGUCAGUCGAGCCGAGCCGAGCCGCGCCGAGCCGAUCGCCAUCGGCUCCGGCUCUCGCGGGCGGUCCCGGCCGGCGGCGCGGCCUGGCGGGCCGGGCGGCGCUGCAGCCCAUGGAGCUCGAGAACAUCGUAGCGAACACGGUGCUACUCAAGGCCCGGGAAGGUGGUGGCGGGAAUCGCAAAGGCAAAAGCAAGAAAUGGCGUCAGAUGCUGCAAUUCCCCCAUAUCAGCCAGUGUGAAGAGCUUCGGCUCAGCCUUGAGCGUGACUACCACAGCCUGUGUGAGCGUCAGCCCAUUGGGCGCCUGUUAUUUCGUGAGUUCUGCGCCACAAGGCCUGAGCUGACCCGCUGUAUUGCCUUCCUGGAUGGGGUGGCUGAGUAUGAAGUGACCCCUGAUGAGAAACGGAAGGCAUGUGGGCGGCGACUAAUGCAGAAUUUUCUGAGCCACACGGGUCCUGACCUCAUCCCCGAAGUUCCCCGGCAGCUGGUGAGUAACUGUGCCCAGCGGCUAGAGCAGGGACCCUGCAAAGACCUCUUCCAAGAGCUGACCCGGCUGACCCACGAGUACCUGAGCAUGGCCCCUUUUGCCGACUACCUCGACAGCAUCUACUUUAACCGUUUUCUGCAGUGGAAGUGGCUGGAAAGGCAGCCAGUGACCAAAAACACCUUUAGGCAGUAUCGAGUUCUGGGCAAAGGUGGCUUUGGGGAGGUAUGUGCCUGCCAGGUGCGGGCAACAGGCAAGAUGUAUGCAUGCAAGAAACUGGAAAAGAAACGAAUCAAGAAGCGGAAAGGGGAGGCCAUGGCGCUCAAUGAGAAGCAGAUCCUGGAAAAAGUGAACAGUAGGUUUGUAGUGAGCUUAGCCUACGCCUAUGAGACAAAGGAUGCGCUGUGCCUGGUGCUGACAUUGAUGAAUGGAGGCGACCUCAAAUUCCACAUCUACCACAUGGGCCAAGCUGGCUUUCCUGAAGCAAGGGCUGUCUUCUAUGCUGCGGAGAUCUGCUGCGGCCUGGAGGACCUGCACCGGGAACGCAUUGUGUACAGGGACCUAAAGCCAGAGAAUAUCCUGCUGGAUGACCAUGGCCACAUCCGCAUCUCUGACCUGGGACUGGCUGUGCAUGUGCCCGAGGGCCAGACCAUCAAAGGCCGUGUGGGCACUGUGGGCUACAUGGCUCCGGAGGUAGUGAAGAAUGAGCGGUAUACCUUCAGCCCUGACUGGUGGGCGCUUGGCUGCCUCCUCUAUGAGAUGAUUGCAGGCCAGUCACCCUUCCAGCAGAGGAAGAAGAAGAUCAAGCGGGAAGAAGUAGAGAGGUUGGUCAAGGAGGUGCCCGAGGAAUACACAGAGCACUUUUCCCCACAGGCACGCUCGCUCUGUUCUCAGCUUCUCAGCAAGGACCCUGCUGAGCGCCUGGGGUGUCGUGGAGGUGGUGCCCGGGAGGUAAAAGAGCACCCCCUUUUCAAGAAACUGAAUUUCAAGCGGCUGGGAGCUGGGAUGCUGGAACCACCUUUUAAGCCUGAUGGAGUGGCACUGGUGGCCUAGCAGCUCAACCUCACAUCUUCUUAGCUAGCCAGCUACCCAGUGGAAAGAGAGCAACUCUAUUCAAGAACUCGAAAGGAAAUUCUGAGACUGUUUGCCAAAGAGCCUCACU